UAUAUGGCUUUGGAUGGAGCUCUAUGCUAAUAUCGGCAGGACAGCAGAAGCGCCUCUCCGCUGCUCGCUGUCAGUGGUGGCUUUCGGAGUCUAGGCAGGCUCUUCUACAGCCAUGGCCGAAGGUGGUGAAGGGGAAGAUGAAAUUCAGUUCUUACGAACUGAUGAUGAAGUGGUGCUGCAGUGUGUCGCCGCCAUCCAGAAGGAGAAUCGCAAAUUCUGCCUCUCAGCAGAAGGACUAGGCAACCGCCUGUGUUAUCUGGAGCCCACAUCAGAGGCGAAGUAUUUUCCUCCUGACCUAUGCAUCUGUAACUUUGUGCUGGAGCAAUCGCUCUCAGUGAGGGCUUUGCAGGAGAUGCUAGCAGGGCAGAGCGGUGAAGGGAAUCCUGAACACGAUCAAUGGGCAGCCCAGGGCGGCGGACAUCGGACACUGCUGUAUGGUCACGCCAUCCUCCUUAGGCAUUCCUUCAGUGGAAUGUAUCUGACGUGUCUGAAGACUUCCAGGUCUUUAACAGACAAGCUGUCUUUUGAUGUUGGAUUACAAGAAGUUUCAACUGGUGAGGCUUGUUGGUGGACAAUUCACCCCGCAUCCAAGCAGAGGUCAGAAGGUGAGAAGGUCCGCAUUGGAGAUGACCUCAUCUUGGUCAGUGUGUCCUCAGAGAGGUACCUGCACCUCUCCAUCUCUAACGGAAGCAUUCAGGUGGAUGCUUCUUUCAUGCAAACACUGUGGAAUGUUCAGCCUACCUGCUCCAGAGCUAACAUAGCAGUGGGGUAUCUGCUUGGUGGACAAGUGAUGCGUCUGUUUCAUGGGCACGAUGAGAGUCUCACUAUACCAGGAUCUGACCAAAGUGCAGAGCAACAGAGAGUGGUAAACUAUGAAGCUGGGAAAGGGGGGUCUAAGGCCAGGUCUUUAUGGAGACUGGAGCCUCUUCGGAUAAGUUGGAGCGGGAGCCACAUUAGAUGGGGUCAGCCCUUCCGUCUACGCCAUCUCUCCACCGGUCACUACCUGGGUCAGACAGAAGAUCACGGACUGAUAUUACUGGAUAGAAAGAAGUCUGACACAGCUGCCACUGCCUUCUGCUUUAGGCCAAGCAAGGAAAAGGUUGAGUCCGGUCCAAAGCGUGAUAUAGACGGCAUGGGAGUGGCGGAGAUCAAAUACGGCGAUUCCGUCUGUUUCGUCAUGCACGUGUCCACGGGACUGUGGCUCUCCUACCAGGCACCCGAUGCAAAAUCCUCUCGUCUGGGACUGCUGAAGAGAAGGGCCGUCCUCUCUCUGGAGGGUCAUAUGGAUGAUGGGCUGAUUCUGCAGCUCUGUCAGCACGAGGAGUCCCGGGCGGCUCGCAUCAUUCGGAACACCACUCAUCUCUUCACUCAGUUCAUCUGGGGUCUGGAUGAUUUGACUGGAGAAAAGGCCUCUGAGGUGAAUCUGCCAGUGGUGGAAGUUCUGCAGACGCUCAAUGACCUCAUCGUUUACUUCCAGCAGCCGGAUUCUGAGCUGGAGCACGAGGAGAAACAGAGGCAGCUCAGAUCCAUCAUCAAACGACAAGAUCUUUUCAAAGAGGAGGGAAUGCUAACUCUGAUCUCAAUCUGCAUUGAUCGGCUAAACCUGUACAACAGUGCUGCUGAGUUUGAGGAGUUAGCAGGCGAGGAGGCUGGAGAGGCAUGGAAAGACAUUCUCAACCUCCUUUAUGAGCUUCUGGCUGCUCUGAUCCGAGGAAACAGGACCAACUGCACACAGCUCUCUCGCAAGCUGGAUUGGCUAGUCAGCAAGCUGGAGCGAUUGGAGUCCUCAUCAGGCAUUUUGGAGGUACUUCAUUGUAUCCUCAUCGAGAGUCCAGAAUCUCUUAACAUCAUCCAGAAGGGCCACAUCAAAUCCAUCAUCUCCCUUCUGUACAAGCACGGACGCAACCACAAGAUUCUAGAUGUUCUUUGUUCCCUUUGCGUCUGCAAUGGUGUGGCUGUGAGAGCCAAUCAGAAUUUCAUCUGUGACCACCUGCUUCCCAGGAGAGACCUGCUGCUCCAAACGCGAUUGGUCAAUGAUGUUCAAAGUAUGAGACCUAACAUCUUCCUGGGCGUGAGUGAGGGCUCAGCCCAGUAUAAGAAGUGGUACUUUGAGCUGAUCAUUGAUCAAGUAGACCACUAUGUGACCAGUGAGCCCACCCACCUUCGCGUCGGCUGGGCCACCACCAAAGGCUACGCCCCCUAUCCUGGGGGUGGAGAGGGUUGGGGAGGAAAUGGUGUGGGUGACGAUCUUUACUCCUACAGUUUUGAUGGGCUUUAUCUUUGGUCAGGACGAAUCCCACGAGCUGUGGCCUCUGUAAACCAGCACCUGCUGAACUCAGACGAUGUGGUGAGCUGUUGUCUGGAUCUCGGAGCCCCCAGUAUGUCUUACCGAAUUAACGGCCAGCCAGUGCAAGGCAUGUUUGAAGACUUCAACGUAGAUGGCUUCUUCUUUCCUGUCGUCAGUUUUUCUGCAGGGGUCAAGGUUCGCUUCCUAUUGGGUGGUCGCCAUGGAGACUUCAAGUUCCUGCCUCCAGCAGGAUACGCACCAUGUUACGAAGCCCUGCUCCCUAAAGAAAAGAUGCGUGUGGAGCCUGUCAAGGAGUAUAAGAGAGAUCUGGAAGGAGUGAGAGAUCUUUUGGGCACUACAGAGUUCCUCUCUCAGGCUUCGUUCAUUCCUGUUCCUGUUGACACCAGUCAGAUCGUCCUGCCUCCACAUCUUGAAAACGUGAGGGACAAGUUAGCUGAGAACAUCCACGAGCUGUGGGGGAUGAACAAAAUAGAGCUUGGAUGGACAUACGGCAAGGUUCGAGAUGACAACAAGAGGCAGCACCCUUGUCUUGUUGACUUUUCCAAAUUACCAGAAACCGAAAAGAAUUAUAACCUGCAAAUGUCAACAGAAACUUUGAAGACUCUGCUUACAUUGGGCUGUCAUGUUGCCCAAGUCAACUUAAAUGCUGAAGAUGACUUAAAAAGACUCAAGCUCCCUAAGAACUACAUGAUGACAAAUGGAUAUAAACCUGCACCACUGGAUCUUUCUGAUGUGAGACUGACACCUGAUCAGGAGAUUCUAGUUGAUAAACUGGCUGAAAAUGCUCAUAAUGUUUGGGCUAAAGAUCGCAUCAAACAAGGUUGGACCUAUGGUAUCCAGCAGGAUUUAAAAAAUCGGCGUAAUCCACGGCUGGUGCCAUAUGCUUUAUUAGAUGAACGUACUAAGAAAUCGAACAGAGACAGCCUUCGGGAGGCCAUCCGAACUCUGACUGGAUACGGAUAUUACAUAGACCCACCAGAUCAAGAGACAGCACACAAAGUGGAGCAGGGCAUUGAGUCCAUCCGUCUGUUCCGCGUGGAAAUGACGUAUGCGGUGAAGACAGGAAAGUGGUAUUUUGAGUUUGAGGCUUUGACUGGAGGUGACAUGAGAGUGGGAUGGGCCCGGCCUGGCUGCAGACCUGAUGUGGAACUGGGAUUAGAUGACCAGGCAUUUGUCUUUGAUGGCUACAGGGGUCGUCGAGUGCAUAUGGGCAGUCAUUUCUUUGGUAGGACAUGGAAUAAAGGAGAUGUGGUGGGCUGUAUGAUCAAUAUGGAGGACAAGUCCAUGAUAUUCACCCUAAAUGGAGAGAUCGUGAUCACCAACAAGGGUUCUGAGCUCUGCUUUGCUGAUUUUGAAACUGAAGAUGGAUUCAUCCCAGUAUGCAGCCUAGGUCUUUCCCAAAUUGGUCGCAUGAAUUUGGGAAAGGACGCUAGUACUUUUAAGUAUUACACUAUGUGUGGCCUUCAGGAGGGCUUUGAACCCUUCGCCGUCAACAUGAAUCGAGAUGUCACCAUGUGGUUCAGCAAACGCCUACCUACGUUUGUUAAUGUGCCAGAGGACCAUCCCCAUAUUGAGGUUACUGGAAUAGAUGGCACUGUGGACACUCCUCCAUGUCUAAAAGUGACCCACAAGACAUUCGGCACCCAGACCAGCAAUGACGACAUGAUCUUCUGCCGUCUGAGCAUGCCUGUUGAGUUCCAUCCUGGUCCUCGGAAAAUGGAUAUAAAUGAGGUGAUUGAGCAAAGACCGAAGGACGAUGGAGGAAAGAUUGAUUAUGGCAGCAUUACUAAGUACUUCUACUCUGUGAAAAUAUUUGCCGGACAGGACCCAGCAUCAGUGUGGGUGGGCUGGGUAACACCGGACUAUCACUACUACAGCAAAAACUUUAACCUCAGUAAAGUUCGAACUGUUACCGUCACACUGGGCGACGAACGUGGACGUGUUCACGAGAGUGUGAGGAGAAGUAAUUGUUACAUGGUGUGUGCUGGUGAUGUUGCCACCGGCUCCACAGGCCGUAGUAACACUGAUCUGGAAAUCGGAUGCUUCAUAGAUCUGGCCUCAGGACUGGUUUUAUUUUUCGCUAAUGGCAGAGAGUUACCUACUGCAUACCAGGUCGAACCUAACGCAAAACUAUUUCCCGCUGUGUUUGUUCAACCUACAAGUCCCAAUCUCUUCCAGUUUGAGUUUCCCAAAAUCCCAGAAGCCAUGCCACUGUCUUCAGCCAUCUUUAAGAGUUUACAGAGGAACCCAGAACCCCAGUGUCCCCCACGACUGAAUGUGCAGACCAUUGUGUCUGUGCUGUGGAGCAGGAUGCCCAACACCUUCCUGUCGGUGGAGACAGCGCGGGUGAGCGAGAGGCACGGCUGGGUGGUGCAGUGUCUGGAAACUCUGCAGAUGAUGGCUGUUCAUAUCCCAGAGGAGAACAGGUGUAUAGACAUCAUGGAGUUGUCAGAAAACGAGGAUCUCCGCCAGUUCCACUAUCACACAUUAAAGCUAUUCUGCGCCCUGUGUGCCCUGGGCAACACCCGCGUAGCUCACGCCCUCUGCAGCCAUCUCGACCAAUCGCAGCUGCUGUACACCAUCGACAACCAAUACCUUACUGGUCAGCUCCGUGAAGGCUUCUACGACGUCCUGAUCAGCAUUCACUUGGAGACAGCUAAAGAGGCCCAUCUCAUGAUGAAGAAUGAGUUUAUCAUCCCCGUUACGGAGGAGACGCGCAGCAUUCGUCUUUUUUCUGACUAAUCCAAGUGCCACUCUCUCCCCGGAGUGGGUCUGAGCACCUCGAUCAGUCCUCGCCUCAACUUUACCCCUCCGUGCUUCAUUAACACCAAACGUGAGCAGCCUCUCUUCAGCCCACAGAUCCCUCUGGGUAUCCUGAAAGAGAAAGCCAUCAGCAUGCUCACAGAAGCAGUGCAUGGCGGUGGUACCCACAUACGAGAUCCCGUGGGUGGAAGCGUUAAGUAUCAGUUCGUUCCGAUUCUUAAGGUGAUUGGCACUCUGCUUAUCAUGGAUGCCAUGACCAGUGAUGAGGUGAGGACCAUCCUGCUUCUCAUCGACCCCAGUGUGUUCGGAGACAGAAAGGAGGAGGAACAGUUGGCGGUGGCGGAACAGGGAGCUGAAAAAGAGGAAGCCAGCAGUAAUGAAGAGAAGGCCGUGGAGGCCGGAGAAGAGGAGGGUAAGGAGUCGAAACAGCUCCCCAAAGGUCUUCUGGAGAAGAGCUUGCCUGAACCAGUCAAGCGGCAGAUGUGUGAGCUACUCCACUAUUUCUGCGACUGUGAGUUGAAGCAGCGCAUUGAGGCUAUCGUGGCCUUCUCCGAUGAUUUCGUGUCCAAGUUGCAGUACAAUCAAAAGUUUCGCUACAAUGAGUUGAUGCAAGCCCUCAACAUGUCGGCUGCUGUCACUGCCAAGAAGACAAGAGAGUUCCGCUCACCCCCUCAAGAACAGAUAAACAUGCUGCUAAACUUCAGUGCUGGAGAUGACUGCACCUGUCCUGAGGAGCUGCAGGAUGAGCUUCAAGGCUUUCAUGAUGAUCUGCGGCUACAUUGUGGCAUCCCUAUGGAAGAAGAGGAAGAAGAGCAGGACACAUCUCUUAAAGGCCGUCUGAUGGCCAUCAUAUACAAGAUCAAGGGUCGUCCUCAAAAAACAGAAGAAUAACCAACCGAGAAAGAACAAGCUGCUCCUACAAAUCUGAAGGAGCUGAUAUCUCAGACCAUGGUCAGCUGGGCACAGGAAUGCAAAAUCCAAGACCCGGCGCUGGUUCGCAGCAUGUUCAGUCUUUUGAGGAGACAGUACGAUGGAGUUGGUGAGCUGCUUAGGGCUUUGAGGAAGAGCUACACCAUCAGUGCCAAGUCUGUAGGGGACGCCAUCAACCUGCUGGCCUCGCUGGGCCAGAUUCGGUCGCUGCUCAGUGUCCGCAUGGGGGAAGAGGAGGGCCAGCUCAUGAUUGACGGCCUGGGGGACAUCAUGAACAACAAAGUGUUUUACCAGCAUCCAAAUUUGAUGCGUGUUCUGGGCAUGCACGAGACAGUGAUGGAGGUCAUGGUCAAUGUGCUGGGAGGAGACAAGAAUAAGGAGAUCGCCUUUCCCAAAAUGGUGGCCAGCUGUUGCCGUUUCCUCUGCUACUUCUGUCGCAUCAGCCGUCAGAAUCAGAAGGCUAUGUUUGACCACUUGAGCUACCUACUUGAGAACAGCAGCGUGGGACUGGCCUGCCCGACCAUGAGAGGCUCCACACCAUUGGAUGUGGCCGCUUCCUCUGUGAUGGACAACAACAGCCUGGCGUUGGCACUAGAAGAACCUGAUCUUGAAAAGGUGGUGACAUAUCUUGCUGGCUGUGGGUUGCAGAAUUGCCCGAUGCUCAUAGCCAGAGGAUACCCAGACAUUGGCUGGAACCCAAUAGAGGGAGAACGCUAUUUGUCUUUCCUCCGCUUUGCUGUCUUUGUCAAUGGUGAAAGUGUUGAGGAGAACGCUAACGUAGUCGUGAAGCUGUUAAUCAGACGCCCGGAGUGCUUUGGACCUGCUCUUAGAGGAGAGGGAGGACAAGGUUUGCUUGCUGCCAUGAAGGAAGCCAUUAAGAUCUCAGAAGAUCCUGCCUUAGACCUGCCCAAAUUACCUGAGGGGGUCACACCCACGGUAGGGCAAGAUGAAGAGGAGGAGGAGGUCGCACAUAUGGGCAACUCUAUUAUGUCCUUCUAUUCAGCCCUUAUUGAUCUUCUGGGCCGCUGUGCACCUGAGAUGCAUCUUAUUAACAAAGGCAAAGGUGAAGCAUUGCGUAUCCGUGCCAUUCUGCGGUCUUUGGUGCCCAUUAAAGAUUUGGUUGGAAUCAUCAGUAUUCCCCUCAAAAUGCCAGUCGUGAAUAAAGACGGCAGCGUAACCGAACCAGACAUGAAUGCUAGCUUCUGUCCAGAGCACAAGGGACCCAUGGUGCUUUUCCUGGACCGUGUCUAUGGUAUUGAUGACCAAAGCUUCUUGCUGCACCUGCUGGAGGUGGGCUUCCUGCCAGACCUGCGAGCAUCAGCCUCCUUGGACUCGGAGGUGCUCCGAUCCACAGAGACGGCGCUGGCCAUGAAUAGAUACAUAGGCUCGGCAGUGCUUCCUCUUUUAACGCGCUGUGCUCAUCUGUUCGCUCACACAGAGCACUACGCACCUCUCAUUGACUCUACGCUGCACACCAUUUAUCGUCUCUCCAAGGGCCGGUCGCUCACCAAGGCCCAGAGAGAUGCUAUUGAGGAAUGUCUGCUGGCCAUCUGCGAGCAUCUUAGGCCAUCAAUGCUGCAGCAGCUGUUGCGUCGUCUCGUGUUUGAUGUCCCACAUCUUACCGAGUACUGCCAGAUGCCCAUUAAGCUUUUGACCAAUCACUACGAGCAGAAUUGGAAGUACUACUGUCUGCCAACAGGCCUGGGCAGCUCUGGUAUGGCAUCAGAGGAGGAACUUCACCUCACUAAGAAACUCUUCUGGGGACUUUUUGAUGCUCUUUCUCAGAAGAAAUACGAUGGUGAGCUUUUCAAAAUGGCCAUGCCGUGUUUGAGCGCCAUAGCUGGGGCCAUUCCGCCAGACUAUGUAGAUUCCAGCCCAGGUUCUACGUUGGUUAAACAAGCCUCUGUUGAUGCCCAAGGCAACUUUGACCCCCAGCCAAUUAACACAGCUAACAUCUCCCUGGCUGAAAAAUUAGAUUAUAUUGCAAACAAGUAUGCAGCGCAUUCCCAUGAGAAAUGGUCCUCUGAGAAGAUCGCUCUUGGCUGGACUGCGGGAGAUAAAGUAGACGACAAAGCUAAAACUCACCCGCUUUUAAAACCGUACAAAGCACUGAGUGAAAAAGAACGGGAAACAUAUCGCUACCCAGUGAAAGAGACUCUGAAGAGCAUGUUAGCGAUGGGAUGGAACAUUGAGAGGACCAAAGAAGGGGAAGCCAUGUUUCAGCAAAGAGAAACCGAAAAACAACGCAAGAUAUCAGAGUCCUCCCAGGGUGAAUUUAAACCAACCCCACAGGAUCUGGAGAAUGUCAUUCUGUCAAGAGAACUACAGGCGAUGGUCGAAACAGUCGCAGAAAAUUACCACAACAUUUGGGCGAAGAAGAAGAAAAUUGAACUUGACAGUAAAGGAGGUGGAAGUCAUCCACUGUUAGUACCGUAUGAUACUCUGACUGCUAAGGAGAAGUUCAGAGAUAGAGAGAAAGCCCAGGAACUCUUCAGGUUCCUUCAGACCAAUGGAUAUGCCAUCAGCAGAGGUCUGAAGGACAUGGAGCAAGAUUCAUCGUCUAUGGAGAAGAGGAUUGCCUACAAGUUCCUUAAGAGGCUCCUGAGCUAUGUUGAUUCUGCACAGGAGUUCAUUGCUCAUCUUGAGGCUAUGGCCAGCAGUGGAAAGACUGACAAAUCUCCCCACGAUCAAGAGAUCAAGUUCUUUGCUAAGAUUCUGCUACCCCUCAUAGACCAGUACUUCAAGAACCACUGCUUGUACUUCAUGUCGUCCCCCAGCAUCAACCUGAGCAGCAGUGGUUAUGCCUCCAACAAAGAGAAGGAGAUGAUCACUAGUCUAUUCUGUAAACUGGCAGCCCUUGUCAGACACAGGAUUUCACUUUUUGGAAGUGACUCUUCCACCAUGGUGAGCUGCUUACACAUCCUGUCCCGCUCAUUGGACUUCAGGACUGUGAUGAAAUCUGGCUCCGAGCUGGUGAAGGCUGGUGUCAGGACAUUCUUUGAGAACGCAGCAGAGGACCUGGAGAAGACUCUGGAGAACCUGAAGCUGGGGAAGAUGGGCCAGUCCCGCACUCAGAUGAAGGGCGUCAGUCAGAUCAUCAGCUACACGUCAGUGGCUCUGCUGCCCAUCCUGACGGUUCUCUUCCAGCAUAUCACCCAGCAUCAGUUUGGAGCCGAACUGCUGUUGGAUGACAUUCAGCUAUCCUGUUAUCGGAUCCUGACCAGCCUCUACUCUCUGGGCACUGGCAAAAACAUUUAUGUGGAGAAACAGCUUCCAGUACUAGGUGAAUGUUUGUCUACUUUAGUUGGAGCCAUGCCUGUGGCCUUCCUGGAACCUCAAUUGAAUAUGCACAACCCCCAAUCUGUUUUCAACUCCAAAACACCAAGAGAAAGAGCAAUUUUAAGCAUGCCAGAUACUGUGGAGGAGAUGUGUCCUGAGAUGCCUGAGCUGGACGGCCUAAUGAAGGACAUUGGUGAGAUAUCAGAAUCGGGUGCACGAUACACAGAGAUGCCACAUGUCAUCGAGGUCAUCCUACCCAUGCUGUGCAACUACCUGUCAUACUGGUGGUCAAAGGGGGCGGAUAACACCCCGGAUAAUAUUCCAUGCUGCACGACUGUCACAUCUGAGCAUCUCAGCCUCAUCCUGGGCAACAUCCUCAAGAUACUAAACAACAAUCUAGGAAUUGAUAACGCUCCCUGGAUGAAAAGACUUGCAGUUUACACCCAGCCUAUCAUUAGCAAGGCUGGUGCCGAUCUCUUGAGGGCACACUUCCUGCCUACGCUUGAGAAGCUGAAGAAAAAGACUGUGAAAGUGGUGGCUGAAGAAGAGUUGCUUCGGGCUGAAAGCAGAGCAGAGACACAGGAAGCUGAACUACAGAUUCUGGAUGAGUUUGCUGUUCUCUGCAGGGAUCUGUAUGCUUUCUAUCCUAUGCUCAUUCGAUAUGUGGACAACAACAGAUCCAAAUGGCUGAAGAAACCGGAUUCCGAUUCAACAGAACUUUUCAAAAUGGUGUCCGAGAUUUUCAUCCUUUGGUGUAAAUCUCAUAACUUUAAAAGGGAAGAGCAAAAUUUUGUAGUGCAAAAUGAAAUCAACAACCUGGCGUUUCUCACUUCGGACAGCAAAACUAAGUUGUCAAAGUCUGGAGGUCAGGACCAAGAAAGAAGAGGAAAAAGGAGAAAAGGAGAGUUAUACUCCAUCCAGACUUCCCUCAUUGUAGCGGCUCACAAGAAGAUGCUGCCCAUUGGCCUGAACAUGUGCACUCCAGGAGACCAGGAGCUCAUUUCCCUCGCCAAGAUCCGUUACAGUCUGAAAGACACAGAUGAGGAGGUCAAAGAGCACCUGACAAAGCACCUCCAUCUUCUGGAGAAGUCGGAAGAUCCAGCGGUGCAGUGGCAGUUAAACCUUUACAAAGAUAUUGUGGUGAAGAAUGAGGGACCUCCAGAAGUACAGCAACCUGUGGAUAGAAUUCAAGCCAUCUCUGCUGCUGUCUACCACCUCGAUCAGGUGGAGCUGCCUCUAAGGAACAAGAAAAUGGUGUUUCAAAAGCUGCUGUCAAAGCAACGCAAGCGUGCCGUCGUGGCUUGUUUCCGCAUGGCACCACUUUACAAUUUACCAAGGCAUCGCUCAAUUAAUCUCUUCCUCAAUGGCUAUCAGAGACUUUGGAUAGAGACAGAAGAGUACUCUUUUGAGGAGAAGCUAGUGCAGGACCUGGCAGUAAGUACCGGGCUGGCAUCAGCAUGGCCCCGUGUGCUGUGUGUGCCCGCUGGUGCCCUCUCGGCAGCUGAAUGCUCUGUGACCAGCACCGUGCCCGCUCAAGUGCGGGAGCACGUCUCUGCCCGUCUCAUGUACUCAUCGUGGCCUGUGUUCAGCUCCGCCGGUUGCGUGGCACGCUGCAGACCGACGCGCCGCAGCCAAGGCAUGCAUGAGUUUCGGCUGAGCCUCAGUCCUCGUCGUCACGCUAGAAAAGCGGUCCGUUUCAGCGUGAAAACUCCCAUGAUUGUGGUAGAGGAAGAGGAGGAAGAGGUCGCUGAAGUUCAGCCUGAUCCUCUCCAUCAGCUCAUCCUUCACUUCAGUCACAAUGCUCUGACUGAGAGGAGUUUCCUAGAAGAGGAUCCUCUGUAUAUUGCUUAUGCUGAUAUGAUGGCAAAGAGCUGUGCCGAGAAUGAAGAAGAGGAAGAAGAGGGUAAAGAAAAAACGUUUGAGGAAAAGGAAAUGGAGAAGCAGAAGAUUCUGUACCAGCAGGCCAGACUUCACGCCCGUGGUGCUGCUGAAAUGGUCCUACAGAUGAUCAGUGCCAGUAAAUGUCGACUUGGUCCAAUGGUGACUGGUACCCUUAAACUGGGCAUUUCUAUUCUGAAUGGAGGCAACGUUCUUGUACAGCAGAAAAUGCUGAAUUAUUUGAAAGAAAAGCGAGAUGCUGGAUUCUUUAAAAGUUUAUCUGGAUUGAUGCAGUCUUGCAGUGUGCUGGACUUGAAUGCAUUUGAAAGGCAAAAUAAAGCAGAGAGUCUUGGAAUGGUUACUGAAGAGGGCUCAGUCAACUCGAGUGAGCGGGGUUCCAAAGUACUGCAAAACGAUGAGUUUACAAAGGAUCUAUUCAGGUUUUUGCAACUCCUUUGCGAGGGCCACAAUAAUGAUUUCCAAAACUUCCUACGGACCCAGACAGGAAAUACUACUACAGUCAACAUCAUCAUUAGCACUGUGGACUACCUCUUACGUCUACAAGAAUCCAUAAGCGAUUUCUACUGGUAUUACUCUGGGAAAGAUGUCAUGGACGAGGCUGGACAACAUAACUUCUCCAAAGCGUUGGCAGUUGCCAAACAGAUCUUUAACUCACUCACCGAGUACAUCCAGGGCCCAUGUAUUGGGAAUCAGCAGAGUUUGGCACACAGCAGGUUGUGGGAUGCAGUGGUGGGAUUCCUGCAUGUUUUUGCCAACAUGCAAAUGAAACUAUCACAGGAUUCUAGUCAAAUCGAGCUACUAAAGGAACUGAUGGAUUUGCAGAAGGAUAUGGUGGUCAUGUUGUUAUCUCUUCUUGAAGGUAAUGUGGUCAACGGAACAAUCGGCAAGCAGAUGGUCGACACUUUAGUGGAGUCCUCCAGCAACGUGGAAAUGAUCCUCAAAUUCUUCGACAUGUUCCUCAAACUGAAGGACCUAACCACAUCAGAUAACUUCAAGGAGUACGACCCAGACUGCAAAGGCGUCAUAUCCAAAAGGGAGUUCCAUAAAUCGAUGGAGAGCCAAAAGCAAUACACGCAGUCGGAGAUCGAGUUCCUUCUGUCCUGCGUGGAGGCGGAUGAGAAUGACAUGUUCCACUACGAAGAGUUUGUGGAACGUUUCCAUGAACCAGCCAAGGACAUCGGCUUUAACGUCGCCGUGCUACUCACGAAUCUUUCCGAGCACAUGCCUCACGACUCACGCCUGUCCACCUUCUUAGACCUGGCUGAAAGUGUGCUCAGCUACUUUGAGCCCUACCUUGGCCGUAUCGAGAUCAUGGGUGGCGCCAAGAGGAUCGAAAGGGUUUACUUUGAGAUCAGUGAGUCCAGCAGAACCCAGUGGGAGAAGCCUCAGGUCAAAGAGUCUAAACGACAGUUCAUCUUCGACGUGGUGAAUGAAGGCGGUGAGAGCGAGAAGAUGGAGCUCUUCGUAAACUUCUGCGAGGACACCAUCUUUGAGAUGCAGUUGGCGUCUCAGAUUUCCGAGCCGGAUGCCGCCGAGCGUCCUGAGGAUGAUGAAGAAGAGGAGUUGCACAGUCUUCUCGAAGGGUUGUCUGAGGAGGAAGACGUCUCGCUUGAGUCUGCCUCCGCCUUCACCGCGGCAUGUGCGUCUGUGAAGAAGAGCGUGUCUAAUUUCCGUCAAAUGCUGACUUUGAAGACUAUGCGCAAACAGUUCAAGAAAUUCAGGAAGCUGACCAUCCGAGAGAUGAUUACAGGCUUCUUCUCUUUCUUCUGGAUGCUCUUCACUGGGUUCUUCAAAGGCAUUUUUGGCAUUGUCUUCGGGUUCUUCCAUAUUAUUUGGUCGUCCAUGUUUGGAGGGGGGCUUGUAGAGGGGGCUAAAAACAUGAAAGUGACUGAUAUCUUGGGUAACAUGCCUGAUCCUACACAGUUUGGAAUCCAUGGUGAUGUUUUGGAAGCGGAGAAGAUCGAAAGCAAUGAGCUGGUGGUGUCGGCAGAUAUGGUACAGAUGACAGGCGCUGGUGGGGAGAAGCUGGAGACCGAUGUGAUCAUGGAUCUUCUCAAUCCGGCAGGAAAGAAAGAGGGGAAACAUGGAGCAGAACCUGGUCUGGGUGAUGUCUGUGAGAUACUUACUGAGGCUAGCGCUCCUGUCCUGAAAACUCAGAAGGUAGCUGCAGACAAGCCUGAAUCUGAACCGGAGAAAGCAGACACUGAGAACCAAGAGAAAGAGGACAAGGCUAAAGAUGAAACAACAGAGGAAACAGCAGCUGCCAAACCAACUCCAAGAGCCAAACGUGGCUCAACAAAAGAUGAAUCUCCAGCGUUCAUGGCCAGCUUCAUUGCAGGGCUUGAAGUCUACAAAACCAAAAUGCUGAAUUACCUGGCUCGUAACUUCUACAACCUACGUUUUCUGGCUCUUUUCGUGGCCUUUGCCAUCAACUUCAUCCUGCUCUUCUAUAAGGUGACUGGAGACUUUGAUGAUGAGGAAGAGGAAGGAUCCUGGGGUGCUGCAGAAGAUGAAGAUGAUGAAGGAGUGGAAUACUUCAUUCUUCAGGAGAGCACUGGUUAUAUGGCGCCCACUUUGACUUUCUUGGCUGUGUUUCACACAGUCAUCUCCUUGCUUUGCGUCGUUGGUUAUUAUUACCUAAAGGUUCCCUUAGUUGUUUUUAAGCGUGAGAAAGAGAUCGCCAGAAAGCUGGAGUUUGAUGGUUUGUAUAUCACCGAGCAGCCGUCUGAUGAUGAUAUCAAAGGACAGUGGGAUCGUUUGGUUAUUGCAACUCCGUCAUUCCCUAACAAUUACUGGGACAAGUUUGUUAAGAGAAAGGUUAUCAAUAAAUAUGGUGACUUGUAUGGAGCCGAGCGCAUAGCUGAACUUCUGGGUCUGGAUAAGAGCGCACUAGACUUCGACCCCACUGAAGAGGCUGUGGUGAAGGAGGCGUCUCUACUGUCCUGGUUGAGCUCUAUUGAUACCAAGUAUCACAUCUGGAAGAUGGGAGUAGUGCUAACUGACAAUUCUUUCCUCUAUCUGAUCUGGUACACCACCAUGUCUAUUCUGGGACAUUAUAAUAACUUCUUCUUCGCCGCUCAUUUGCUGGACAUCGCCAUGGGCUUCAAGACCUUAAGGACUAUUUUGUCUUCUGUGACUCACAAUGGCAAACAGUUGGUGUUGACUGUGGGGCUUCUGGCAGUCGUGGUCUAUCUGUACACCGUGGUGGCCUUCAACUUCUUCCGCAAGUUCUACAACAAGAGCGAGGAUGAGGACCAGCCUGACAUGAAGUGUGAUGAUAUGAUGACUUGUUACCUGUUCCACAUGUAUGUUGGUGUGAGAGCCGGUGGAGGCAUCGGCGAUGAAAUCGUAGACCCGGCCGGUGACCCUUACGAGCUCUACCGCAUUCUGUUCGACAUCACUUUCUUUUUCUUCGUCAUCGUCAUUCUGCUGGCCAUCAUUCAGGGUUUGAUCAUUGACGCCUUCGGUGAGUUGAGAGACCAGCAGGAGCAGGUGAACGAAGACAUGGAGACAAAAUGCUUCAUCUGUGGAAUCGGGAAUGACUACUUCGACAGAACUCCGCAUGGCUUUGAAACCCACACCUUACAAGAGCACAAUCUGGCCAACUACCUAUUUUUCUUGAUGUAUCUGAUCAACAAAGAUGAGACUGAACACACUGGUCAGGAAUCGUACGUUUGGAAGAUGUAUCAGGAAAGAUGCUGGGAUUUCUUCCCAGCCGGAGACUGUUUCCGGAAGCAAUAUGAGGACCAGCUGGGCUAGAGGACAUGAUGCCUUUUAUGAGAGGAAUUACAACCGGCACAAUAUCCACAUCAUUUUAAGAUCGUGUGUUGGUUGGACACAACAUCCUCAACUAGCUCUCAUCAAAUGCUGCUUUCACAAUUUAUCCUAUCAAUCAAAACCUCAGCUGCUUCCAACACCAGACAUGACAGCAACUCAUUGUGAUCAAGCCAAAAAAUGUGAACUGAAAUUACACAAACAACUGUGUUGACACACAUUGCCAAAUUGGAACACAUCAUGUUUAUCCUUAAAUUGACUUUGUUGCCUCACAUGCUUCACUCUCACAGAUGCACAAGUUGUGAGAUGAGAUGUUGCCAUAUGUUUUUGAUGAGUUGAAUGAAUGUCUUGCAAGCAAAUAUGCACAAGAAUACCUUCUUAGUAUUCAAUGAGUGCCAAACAAGAUUUAUGCCUGUUUGAUCUUAAGAAAAAAAGAAGACUAUAAUGAAUGUGCAAUGCCUUCACAGAUGGUAAUCUGACUGGUGGAAUGAGAAAUAUUACAGAUCCUCUACUAGAGCCCACUAGAUGUUUCUCAAACAUAAAAGUGCCUUAUGACAAGAAACUAUGCAAACAUUUGCUCCUGCUUAUGUUUUGUUAUUUAGCAUUUAGUUGCUCAUUUUAGUUAGUUAGUACUUUUAACAAGAACAUCAUUGCUUUUUUAAUGUUUAGUUAAAGUUAAAUAACUGAACUCAUGUCUGCCUGAUCCUACGUGCAGCACAAGUAUUAAACAAAAUGGGAAUCUACAUAGAAAGACAAAAAAUGUGUUCAAUACAAGUCUGUAAACUGCUAUUGUAUGGCCAUUUGUAUGUAUGUAGAAGCUUUGGUGAUUUGCAUUUUUUUGGCAGGGGGAAGAAAAUAAAGCCAAUGCAAUAAAUCCAAG